GUUGUGGGAUCAAGUUUCGAUCAAUGUGAUUGGCUCUCUCUCUCUCUCUCUCUCUCUCUCUGUCUCUCUGUCUCUCUCUCUCUCUCUCUCGUGUUAUCUUUUUAAAGAAGUUCAUCAAGAAGACUCUACAAACAAUACCUGAUGAAGAUGAGUGUUGCAGCAAAGAAAGGAAAGGAAAAAAGCUGAUAGAAAGCUGAUGUAACAAAAAAAGCUGAUCGUAACCGAAAGAAAAGAAAUCAAAGCAAACCAAAGUAAAAAAUAUAGCUUUUUUCUUCUCCUUGCUAGCUCUCCAGCAGUACCCUUUCUAUACCUUAAGCUUAGAUAGCUACCUCUCUCUCUCCCCCCCCCCUCUCUUAUCUCUUCUCUCUCUAGCUCCCCACAUAUUAGAAAGAGAGAAGUAAAGAAAAGCAUCAUCAUCAUCAUCAUCAUCUACUCUUGCCUGCCACAAGAAAAGAUUGUUUCUUUGCUUCUUCAUAAUCACAGUACACAAGAUAGAAUCAGCAAGAAUUAACCCAUGUUAGCCAACAACUCUCUCUCUUCAUCACUUCCUUGUAAUUCUGAGCCAUUUUCUUGCUUGGAAAAUGGAAAUAACAUUAACAAGAGGAAAAGAAGGCCAGCAGGAACACCAGAUCCAGAUGCAGAAGUGGUGUCUUUAUCACCAAAAACACUAUUGGAAUCCGAUCGUUACGUUUGUGAGAUCUGCAACCAAGGGUUUCAGAGAGACCAAAACCUACAGAUGCAUAGAAGAAGGCAUAAAGUCCCAUGGAAGCUACUAAAGAGAGAGACCCCAGUUGUAAGAAAACGUGUAUUUGUAUGUCCAGAGCCUAGUUGCUUGCACCAUGACCCUUGUCACGCGCUUGGUGAUCUUGUCGGGAUAAAGAAGCAUUUUCGAAGAAAACAUAGCAAUCACAAACAAUGGGUUUGUGAAAAAUGCUCUAAAGGUUAUGCCGUUCAAUCUGAUUACAAAGCUCAUCUCAAAACCUGUGGCACCCGUGGACAUUCUUGUGAUUGCGGCCGUGUUUUUUCCAGAGUUGAGAGUUUUAUUGAGCACCAAGAUGCUUGCAACAUGGGGAAUCUCCGAUCAGAAUCACAGUCACUACAACCAGCUGCAUGCUUGUCUAGAACUGCUUCAAGUCCAAGCCCUUCUAGUGAUACCAAUUUUAGUACAGCUCCUUGGCUUCCUUUGAUAAUACCAAGAACAACACCUGAUCAUGCCAUGUUCUUUAUCACCCCUACUACUACUAGUAGUGUUGUGGAUAAAUCAGAUUCUUCAAAAAGUGCUGCACACUACCAUAAUUUGGAGCUUCAGCUUUCGACUGCUUCAGGAAAUCCCCUUGAGAUCUCAGUUUCUCCUAAAAGAGAGGAUAAUCAUUCCACUCAAUUGCAGCUCUCAAUUGGGUCGAGUGAUGUUAGUGACAGAAAUGAAUCGAACAUCAGUUACACAGACAAAGAUCAUGGCAAAAGCUCUCCAAGAGAGAACAAUAAUGGCAGUCCGAGACCUGAAUUGGGUGCUUCAAGGCUUAAAGAGCAAGUGAUCAGGGAGCAGUUAAUGAUGGCCAUGGCAGAGAAGAUUCAUGCUGAAGAAGCAAGACAACAAGCAAAGAGACAAAUUGAAUUGGCAGAACAAGAAUUUGCCAAUGCCAAGAGAAUCAGGCAACAAGCUCAAGCUGAGUUAGACAAGGCGCAAGCUUUGAAACAGCAUGCAAUAAAGCAAAUCAAUUCCACUAUUCUACAAAUUACUUGCCAUGCUUGCAAACAGAAGUUCCAUGCAAGAACACAAGCAGAUGAGAACUCUUUGGUAAUGAGUUACAUGUCAUCAGCUACAACAGAAGAUGAAGUAGAGCACAUUAAUGGAAUUGGUAUAGCAAAAACAUUUAACAGAUGAAUUAUCCACCUCUCUCUUUCUUAUAAUUUUCUCUUCUUUCUUCUAUCUAUUGAUCAUACACCAAGUGAGUGUUGCGAUUAUAAUCUCAAGUGGAUUAGUGAGGUGUUGUAAUAUCCUUCAAUGUGUGAAGUAAUUAUUUGUUCUUUAAUUUGGUAAUUAAUUGAAAUUAUGAUAAUGGGUUUUCGAUUUAA